AUGGGAGAGCUGGAAGUUGAGGUCAAGGAGGAGCUGAAUGAAAACAGCCCAGUUGGGAAAACAGACGACGAAAAAUCACUUGAUCAAUUGGAGAUUCUGAGGAGAUGCAGGAGUGUCAAACAGGGACUCGAAGCUCUCAGGCAAGAGCAGAGUUCGAUUUUAACCUCCCUCCUCGCUACUUUGAGCGCGAUCAGAAAAGAAAAGGACCCCGACUCUAGCCUGGUCGAAGAAAAAGCGACGAUUGUAAAGCGAUUACUCGCCGAAGUCGAACUUGGAGUUGAAGAAGCGCAAAUGAUGGCACAACUGGCCAGCCACUUGAGCUCUUUGGAAGGCGAUCGAGCAAAGUUAAAAGCUCAGGUACGAAGACUAGUGGCUGAAAACGGUUGGCUGCGCGAAGAACUGUCAAAUACGCAAUCUAAACUGUGCGACUCGGAAAUGCGAGCAACGAAAGCAGAAGAAGAACGCGCACACUACAAGUUUAUGGCCGAACUCAAUCAGUCAACAGAUCAUAACGACGACAAAGGAUCUGUUGCUUCUGAGCAACCAAGUGAGGGUGGCUUUUCUGACGGCGCUCCUACGAGUCCUGGCGAUGAUCCAUCAGAACCUGGAAACCCUGGAUACGAAAUUCCAACGAGAUUACGGACUCUUCACAAUCUUGUCAUUCAGUACGCCUCAGCUGGUCGUUACGAAGUUGCCGUGCCUUUGUGUAAGCAAGCCCUGGAAGAUCUGGAGAAGACAUCCGGCCGAGAUCACCCUGACGUCGCUACUAUGCUGAAUAUCCUCGCUCUUGUGUAUCGAGAUCAAAGCAAAUGGCGCGAAGCUGCGAACCUUCUCAACGACGCUCUGGCGAUUCGCGAACGAACUCUUGGUGCAAAUCAUCCUGCUGUAGCUGCCACGCUCAACAAUCUCGCUGUUUUAUAUGGAAAGCGUGGAAAAUACCGCGACGCCGAGCCCCUGUGUUUGAGAGCCCUUCAAAUUCGUGAAAAAGUGCUUGGAAUGGACCACCCCGAUGUAGCUAAACAGCUCAACAAUCUUGCCUUGCUCUGCCAAAACCAAGCUAAAUAUCAAGAAGUGGAGGAAUACUACAGAAGGGCGUUGAAGAUUUAUGAGGACAAAAUGGGAGAUGAUGAUCCCAAUGUUGCGAAGACGAAAAAUAACCUGGCAUCGGCUUAUCUCAAGCAAGGGAAAAUGAAAGAAGCUGAAGCACUUUACAAACAGGUCCUCUCCCGAGCUCACGAGCGCGAAUUCGGCGAAAUCUCGGAGAAUAAUCGUCCAAUUUGGAUGCUCGCGGAUGCGGCAGAAGCCGGCAGUCACGAUGGAAAAUCAAAUGAGGGCAUUCCUUCCGACAAUCCUGCUUUCUCUGCUCUGAGAAAUCUUUCCUCCCUCUACCGAAAACAAGGUCGAUCUGAGGCUGCUGAUAUCCUCGAAAAGGCCAUGAAAGGCUCGAAGGUUAAAUCGGAAGGAAUCAAAAUGGAACCUGUAAAAAGUGCGAAUCGAGCUCUGCCGAAUUCAUCAGACUCUGGUAGCGGGCUCUCCCGGCUGAGCCGGGCACUGUCCCGCUCGAUGAGGUCUCUGAUUGGGACAGAAAAAGAAGAAGCUAUUGUCCAAGUCGAGAUGGAUUCCAGAUCAACUAAUUUUUCCUGA